AUGUUAUAAAAUAUAUUUACAUUCCUAUUUGCUUUAUUCGAUUUAUUUGUUUUGUACAUUCUACAUCAUUACAUCGAUGAAUAUUGCUCUUAGAUAUAGAUAGUUAAAACAGUACUGACUAUUAUGUCCUCAUUCAUACCAAGUAAACUUAUUAAUUUUAAAUAGUCCUAAAAUAAAUUAAAUGCUCAUUCAUUUUAAAACCAAUUCAAAUUAGUAUGCAAUUUGGGUUUUUGCCUUAGUUACUCACAUAUAAUGCGAUCCUGAAUUUUAUAUUAAGCAUGAUUAUUAGAUUAUGUAUAAUUGCUUUUGCAAUUGUAUUUCCAUUUUCAAUCGUGGUAAUAAUGAAAUUAUCCGGUUUGCUUAAUUAUGUAGGAUUGUUAAUCUCUAUUUACUUAUUGGUGGAUGUAUCAUGGAAAUGUGGAAUAUAUUUUUAGUAUAAUCUCAAACAUGCUUAAAUGGCUUCCUUGAUCCCUGGAAUAAUAUUUAUUUACUCUUUAUUGACUUGCGAGGGUAUUUUAUCCAAAUUAGCUAUACUAUUACCAAUUCUAUAGUUUAUAAUCACCGAUAAGGGAUCUCUUAUAACUUCCUUUCUAGUUGGGAUUUUUAUGAUGUAGAAAUCACUUUUUAUAAUUUACAUCCUUUAGAGUUUACUCAUUUAUUAUAUCAUCUUUGAGAUGAACAAUAAAUACACAAGAAUUCUAAUUGGAUUAAUUAUUUCGUGCAGCAUCGAUUUCAAGGAAAACAGCAUGGCACAGAUUCUAUAUUUUAGUAUAUAUGUGUUAACUUUGAUUAAAAAUAGAUUUAAAUAAAAAUCAAUGUGA